CAUGGGAGAACUAGACAGAGAAACAAGAGUAGUAGAAGAGUACAGGGUACCACAGCCAGCUCCCCAUCUCCUCUUCCACCCACAGCCCAUCUUGCGAGAAAAGAGGGAAGAAGAAAGAGAAAGAAGAGGGGAAGGCGGCAGAGGCAUCGAAUAGGGAUGGAAGCGGGUGGGUAGAAAGGAGGAGGAACAAAAUCUUCAGUUGAUAACAAGUGUCCGUUGAUAUGGGGAGAUCAGACUGCAUGGAGUUCCACAGUGUUUUGAUGCUAUUAUUUGCUUCAUAAAUGCAGGGAAGACACGAGAACGAUCCCAGUCCAUUGUUAGACUAUAUAAAGCCAUCACCCUUCCAAAAACGAACUACAGGCUAAGAGCCGAGCCGUAGUGUUUGUGUAGUAUUGGGCUUGGGGGCUUGUGGUGUUUUUGUGUGCGAGCUUGUAUUAUCAGAUGAAGGACGUGCCCUUUAGUGGCAAAGGAAAGAGAGCCUCGGAAUUAGUGGGGGAAGCAGGGCAAGGAGAGGAAGCUAUUUUUGUUGGAGAGAAUAAGAAGCAGAGGAGGGUUGGGAGCAAAGAGGGGUUGGAGCCUAGGUCGGUGCUGGAGACGAGGCGAAGCCUGAGCCCCCCGAGCUCCACCUCCACCCUGUCUUCUUCCUUGUGCGGCGGCGGCGGCGGCGGCGGAGGUGCAGGCGGAGGCUCGUCCGACAGCGCCAGCGUGGCGGCGGCGGCGGCGGCGGCUGUCUUGGAUGCCCCCGGGCCCAGAGAUGGCCCCAUCUCCGGAGAAUGGCCCAUCUCCGGAGAGUACGGCGGCGCCGGGCCCCACCGGAGGGAGGAGUGGGCCUCGGAGCUGCAGCCCAUCACGGGAGGCCUGGACCUCGGCUUCGAUUGCGGCGAGAGGGGCGGGCUCGGGGUGGAGGACUGGGAGGCCGUCUUCUCAGAGCCCGCCGUCUCCCCCGGCCAGGAGCAGACGUUCCUCCGGUGGAUCAUGGGUGACGUCGAAGUGCCCCCCACCUCCUCCGCCGCUGCCGCCGCCUACGGCCCGAGGCAGCAACCGCAGUUCUCCCCGGGGCCGGCGGAAUUCGAUGGCCACAAUUCUGGGUUGGGAUUCGGCGGGCUCGACGACCCCGCGGGCUUCGGCCUCGAAGCCACCGGAGGGAUGGAUGGAGCUUCAUCGUUCUCCCCUUCUUCCAUUACUCUCCCCUCUCCUCAUCCUCCUUUUUCCUCUUCUGACCUUUCAUCUGGUGGUCGCGGGCUUUCACUUUCGAGCAGCAAUACCAGCACUAGUAGCAGCGGAAUUCCUCCACAGCCGCCGAGCACCGGCAUCCAAGCCCCGACCUUUGGCAGGCAAACUAGCCACGCCCUCUUCUCGCCGACACCGCUGCCGGCGGCCGCCGCGGGGAUGUUCUUCCAAAAACCCAACUUCAGCUCCAACCCUCUUCUCAACCGCCAACUUCAACUCCACUCUCCUUCCAACCCGGCUUUUUUGGUGCCGGGGACCUCCGCCGCCGCCGCCCCGGCCCCGCACCAGCCUCCGCCGCCGCCGCCGCAGCUCCUCCCACCCCAGCAUAAGCGCCGGCACUCCAUGGUCUCCAACACGAACGGCCAAAUUCCAUCGAGACCCCCCUUUCCUAAACCCUCCGGCAGGCCGGACCUGUUCCUCCAAAGAAGCCACCUGGCCCAACAGCACUUGCAGGGCUUUCCGCUAUCUCACUUGCAGACGUCGGCGCCGGGUGACGCCGCGCCCGCCCAGCAGCAGCAGGCGGUGGUGGACCAGCUUUUCGAGGCCGCGAAGAUGGUCGAGGCCGGAGACUCGGUUGGCGCGCGUGGGAUAUUGGCGCGGCUCAAUCACCAGCUUCCCUCCCCACAGGGGAAGCCCCUUCUCCGCUCCGCUUUCUACUUCAAAGAGGCUCUCCACCGCAUCCUUGGUGACGCCUCCGAUUCCCACACGCGCCGAGUCUUCCCGAAUAAUCCCAUGAGGGGCUCUCUGGAGGCUGUGCUCAAGCUCACCUCCCUCAAGGCCUUCUCUGAGGUCUCUCCGAUUCUUAUGUUCACCAACGUCACCUGCAUCCAGGCCCUCCUCGAGGGCCUCGCCGGCGCCGACUGCAUCCACAUCGUCGACUUUGAUAUCGGCAGCGGCACCCACUGGUCCGCCUUCAUGCAUGAGCUGGCCCAGAGGAGCUGCACGGAUGGCGGGCCUCCGAUGCUCAGAAUUACCGCCUUCGUCUCGCCCGAAGCUUACCAUCCCCUCGAGCUCAACCUUGCUCGUGGCACCCUUGCCUUCUGGGCUGGCCGCCUUAAUAUUCCAUUCGAAUUCAGUGUCAUGAACCUCGACAACUUCGACCCUUUGGCGAUCCGCAACCCGGUGGUCGACGCACCCAUUGCCGUGAACCUCCCCGUCGGCUCUGCACACAACCUAUCCCCGACACUCCUCCGCCUCGUGAAGCAGCUUACCCCGAAAGUCGUGGUCUCGGUGGACCUUGGAUGUGACCGCAGCGAGCUGCCAUUCUCACACCACUUCCUCCAUGCUUUCCAGUCUUGCAUGGUCCUCCUCGACUCCAUCGAUGCUGCGGGCACUGACCGGGAUGUGGCCGCCAAUAUCGAGUGUUUCAUAUUGCGGCCGAGGAUUGAGAGUAGCAUCCUCGGGCGCCACCGUGCUGCUGACAAGAUGCUCCCCUGGCGGAUGCUCUUUGCGUCGGCCGGCUUUGUACCCCUGCAAUUCAGUAGCACCACUGAGGCGCAGGCUGACUGCCUCCUGCAGAGGGUGCCAGUGAGGGGCUUCCACGUGGAGAAACGCCAGGGUUCACUUUUCCUCUAUUGGCAGCGUCGAGAGCUUGUCUCUGUGUCUGCUUGGGGGUGCUGAGGUGUUCUUCUCCUCCAAUCUCUAGCCAAAGGUGCCGCUCGACUUACUUAUCUCUCUGUUAUGUCCAAUUGAUAUUGAACUACGAUUGUUCUAUAGUGGUAAGUUGGUUUUGUGUCAUAUAGCCUCUUUUGGUUUCUCUACUCAAUUGUGAUGUAUUACUGGAGAUAUUAUUUUUGAGUAAGAAGGCAUUUGACAAAUUGGAAGCCAAGGUACAUUUUUAAUUU